UUUAUCUUGCUUUUGAAUCACAAACAUGUACAGAUUAUAUAACAGAGAAAUUUUGGCGGACACUUUCUGUGGGUGCUAUACCAAUUGUUAGCGGACCAAAACGAGAAAAUUUUGCACGUAUUGUUCCACCUCAAUCGUUUAUUCAUGUUGAUGAUUAUACAUCAGAUAAAGAUUUAGCUGAUGCAUUGAAUUUAAUUGGUAAAAAUCGAACGCUAUAUGGAAAAUAUCAUGCAUGGAGACAAUAUUAUGAUGUUUAUUAUGAAGCAAAAGAUGUUGAUCCAUAUAGAUUUUGUGAAUUAUGUUAUCGAUUAAAUACGAAUAAACAACGUAUUUGGUAUGAAAAUAUUAAUGAAUGGUUUUUGGAGAAAUGUUAA